UCAUUUCUCUAGUAAAUAGAAAUGGGGUUAUGAAGUGUAUUUUGAUUUUUCAUUUCUUUAAAAUUAUGUUUUUUUGUAAAUUAUGACAAUGGAAAGAAAAAUUAAACUUAAAACACUAAAUAAUUAUAUUACAUGCAAAAUUUGCAGGGGGUACUUAAUAGAUGCAACUACAGUUACGGAAUGUUUACAUACUUUCUGCAAGAGUUGUUUAGUAAAGCACCUAGAAGAAAACAAUACUUGUCCAACAUGUAAAAUUGUGAUACAUCAAUCACAUCCACUUCAAUAUAUUAGCUUUGAUCGAACGAUGCAAGAUAUUGUUUAUAAAUUAGUCCCAGAAUUACAAAAAACUGAGUGCGAUAAAGAGAAAGAGUUUUAUCGUAUAAGAGGACUUCAGAAUCCAAAAGAUAUUCCAUUAGCAAAUGGAGAGUCAAAUGGGGAACACGACGCUGAUCCUCAUGCAGAGGCUGAUUACCAUAGACAAGAUGAACAAGUUAAUGUUUGCUUAGAAUGUAUUAGUUCGAAUCUUAAAACACUUAAAAGACGCUUCAUUAGAUGUUCGGCACAGGCAACUAUAUUACAUUUGAAAAAGUUUGUGGCAAUGAAAGUUUUGAAUGGCAUGGAAAAGUAUCGGGAUAUUGAUAUUUUAUGUAAUGAUGAAUUGUUAGGCAAAGACCAUACUUUAAAAUUUGUGUAUGUUACUCGGUGGAGAUUUCAAAAUCCCCCAUUAACUCUACAAUAUCGACCAAGAAUAGAUAUAUAAGUUUUAUAAAAUUCGAGAGACCAUAGGUACUAUUUAUUGAAGUAUAUUUUUUUACUUUUGUCUAAAAGAAUAUUAAGUACUAAAUACUCAAAAAUUGUAAAAAAUAUAUUUUUUUACAUAACGAUGUAUAUAAUAUUUUAAUUAUAAUAUUUCAUCAGGUAAUUUGCAAUAAUUAGAUUCAUUAAAUAAAGCAGUAUUUUUCAAAUAAGAUAUGCUUUGCAUAUUGCAAUUUACUUAGAUGCGUGAUAUUUUUUUGUCAAAUUUAUAAUCAUCAAAUAAACCGACAAUUCUAAAGAUGUAUAUAAUGCUUAUUAUUUUGAAUAUGUAAAAAUUUUGGAACAUUUCAUCUAAUUGUAUAUUGAUGUUUUAUUUUACACUUGUGAAUUUUUUCACCAGCAUAUACAUAUAUGAUUUUACUGUACGAACUGCCCUUUAUUUUGUUUUAUUUUUCAUUAUAAAUGAAUACAUAUUUUAUGCAUAGACAAUAUUAAUUUUACACUCUAAACUUGAAUAAUACAUAUACAUAUGUUGACAAUAUAUAUAUAU